AUUUGUAUUUGAAGUUUGCGAAUUAAAUUUUGAAUUCGCAUACUACAAAAUCUAUUGGGAAAUGAAGCUCCUGGUAGAAUGACGGUUCCACACCACAAACUAUGUUAGUUUGUUGGUUCCCAUUUCCUUGUAUUUGUAGUUCUGAUGUCUUUGACUAUGGUUGUUAAGCAGAGUUAUUUAUAUCUUUCUACUGUUUUCUUCACCGUAGAUAACAGUUUUGGACAUUAGCAAAUUCAAAAAUAAAAAUAAAAAAUGGUGUACAGAGUUCCAAAAGUAGCACACAAUCUGAAAUGAGGAGAAACUUGUUCUUUGAGUCUGGUGGAUUUCCUAGACUUUCAAAGGAUGGAUAUGGUUAGCAAGGAUGAUGCUGAGCUAGAAAAGAGGAGUGAAGAUUCUAUGAUGAACUUCCAAUCACCAAAUAUGUCCUCAGAUUGGCAAUUAAACGGCAGCAAUCUGACAAAUGCAUCCAGCCGAAUGAUCGAUACGUUCUGUGCUGGUGGUUGGGAUAAUACUAUCAUUUCAUCAAACUUAGGCUUAUGUGGUACAAAUAUUCAAAUGAAUCCUGGCACUACAAAUGCACUGGGAACUUCAGCAAUUGGCUUGGAUCCUCUGGGAGCUGGUGUUAAUAGAAUGCAUGGUAUGAGUUGGACUAAACCAAAUGCAAUGUCGAAAGGCGACACGUUUAUACCCCCUAUGACUGGUAUGCUUCCUCAAAGCUUAACUCAGUUGCCAGCUGAUUCUGGCUUUAUUGAGAGAGCUGCAAGAUGUUCAUGCUUUAGUGGAGGAAAAGUUGGUGAUAUGAUGAACCCUUUUAUCAUCCCUAAUUCUUCUAAUGUGUAUCACAACGGACUGGCCUUCCGACUGCCACAAGAGGUUUUUGCCAGUAACGGAUUACAGUCUCCUUCUACUGCAAUCAGUCCAAAGCAGCACAUGAGAAAUGCAGUUGAAUGUUCUGAGGAUGUUUCUUUACCUCUUGAACAUGAGCCCACAGAUAGAAGUUCCCUCAAGAAUGAGAAAAAUAUAAGCUUUGUUAGGUCUAAGGAUGAAGCAAAGGAAUGUGUUGGCAUCUCUGAAAAUGAGUCUGAUGAGACUGAAUGUAAUGGACAUCAAGAAGAAGUGGAGGGUAAGGAUUCUUCUACUAGGGGCCUUGGCUCAAGGAAAAGGAAAAGAAGUGGUCAGGAUACAGGAUUUGAUCAAAUGACUGGAGCACAACAACAACCAGCUGAACUACCAAAAGAUCAAGCAGUAACUCAGAAGGGAGAGCAAAACUUGAAUUCCACUGCCUGCAGGCCUGGUGGAAAAAAUGGUAAACAGGAGUCUAAAUCAGAGGAUCCACCUAAAGAAGAAUACAUACACAUCCGAGCUCGAAGAGGCCAGGCAACAAAUAGCCAUAGUCUUGCAGAAAGACUAAGGAGGGAGAAGAUCAGCGAACGGAUGAAAUUUCUUCAGGAUCUUGUACCUGGUUGCAACAAGGUCACGGGGAAAGCAGUAAUGCUGGAUGAAAUCAUUAAUUAUGUACAAUCUCUUCAAAGACAGGUUGAGUUCCUCUCAAUGAAGCUUGCGACGAUAAAGCCGCAGUUGGAUUUUAAUAUUGAUGCGCUCCUUGCAAAGGAUAUUCUGCGUUCACGAGUGGGUCCUUCAUCCUCUCUUGCCUUUGCUCCUGAUAUUACAGUGCCAUAUCAGUCCCCCCAUCAACUGCAAUCAGGCCUGCUUCAGUCAGGUCUUCCUGGUUUGGGAAACUCCACCGAUGCAUUUCUUAGAUCUAUCUAUCCCUGUUUAGCUGUUACAAGUGGUGGCUACAAAGAGUCCUCAUCACAGUUACCUAAUAUAUGGGAUGAUGACCUACAUAAUGUUGUCGAGAUGGGUCUCAGUACGAGUUCUCCCCUUCAUAGUCGAGAUUUAAGUGGUUCUCUGCCAUCAGCCCAGAUGAAAGAAGAACCUUAAACUUGUUUUAGAUAUCAACUGCUUUACACUUCCUGUUUGUUGGGUAUGUGGAACAUUUGGGAAGACGUCACGGUGAAGAGCUAUUCCUAUUUCACAAGGCACUCCAUAUGAAGAAGUUCUACUUCUAAUUGUACAGCUAGUCCAAGAAGAGGGUGUUUAUGGUGGGCGCGACCACCUUUUCUUCGAAUGCUAUAUAAUUUGGCUACGAAUAAAGUAACAACUUAUACCGCAAGACACAAUUUCAUGUACAACAUCAAACGAGGGUCGAUCAAAGUAUGCAUUGUCCGGACAUAUGUACAAGGAAAAUAGGUAUUGCGGUUCGGUCUCAAGUCUUGAAUCACUGGGAGAAAGGGUAUAUUCUUGUUCAUUCUAUCAGGAAGAACUUGAAAGUGUGCUUGAGGGGGAGGAAUGAGGUUACAUUCUUUUCUUCCAAAUGAUUCUCUCCAUAAUAACUUUUCUAAUUUCCUGGAAAGAAAAUUAACUAAUGAUCAUGAUAUUAUUGACUUA